AUGGACCAUUGUAGGGGCGGCAGCAUCCCCAGGGACCCACCAAGGGACGACGGCACGACAAGGAACACUCCCAGAGGCUGUGGCGCCGGGCAGGGACCUUUCAUGAGCGGUGACGCUCCCAGGGGUCCUGCAAAAGAUGGUGGCCCUUCCAGGGCCAUCCCAGGGGUGGUGGUAUUCACCGGGUUCCCACUUAGGGACAGUGCUAUGCCCCGAGGGACUCUCCCAGAUGCGGUGGCGGCCCCAGAGACACCUUCAGGGUCAGCGAUGCCCUCAGGGACCCUCCAGGGAAAGUGGUGCACACCAGGGGUCCUCCCAGGGGUGGUGGUGCCCCCAGGGGCCCUUCCAGGGUCAUUGGUUCCUCUAGUUGUUCAGCCAAAGGCUUUAGCUCCCCCAGGGGCAGUUGCGCCCCCAGGGGCUUGA